GUUUGUGAUGUCCAUCAAGAAGGUUUCGACAUUCAAGGGCCACCGCUCAGGAAUAACAGCAUUGACUGCUGGGUGGGACAGUCGCAGUACGCUUUUGCUUUCCGGAUCAGACGACGGCACAGUUCGUCUGUGGGACGCAAGAAUAGGAAAAUCAAUAUGCGCAGUAAUUGGAUUCCCAGUUGACGAGGACAUAAGCAUAUCAGGCAUAGGCUUCGUCGGCGACCACGAACUAGUUGCAGCAUGCGGACCGUCUAUCAGCAUCUACGACCAUCGUGCACUGAAAGUAGUCAAUCAAACCCGUAGCGCGGCCAUGGUGGUCAUUGACAAUGGGAGCGAAAUACAGGCGCUAAGCACGCGUGGCGAUUUCGCCGCAUUUGUGGAUGAGGACGGAUCUCUCGGAGUAUGCGACACUUCUGAUGUGGCUCCCUCUGUGGACAAAUUUUCUGGGAAUCACGAUGCAUUGGCCUCCUGUGUCGGCUUCCACCCUGACCGGCCAGAAAUUGCCAGCGGCGGAUUCGAUCAGCAGGUUUUUGUCUGGGAUAUGGCCGAAGAGUGCGUGGCAAACAAGGCGGAUGCCGGAGCGGCAAUGGAUGUAGAUGAGCCAGUGGGGUUGGGAGAGCAGCGGUUGGUUAAUCCGCCGUUCGUAUACUCACUGGAUUACUGGUCUGUCGAUGAGGCCGCCGAGGGCAGGAUGCUUGCCAGCGGACAUGCCGACGGCAGCGUAAUGUGUAUCAGAAAUGAUGCGGUGUUUUGCUGGUCAGAGUGCCACGACUACUCCAUAUCUGCUCUGCAAUUUGUCAGGUCAAGACCCGAUGUUCUAGUCACUGUUGGUCUGGACCGCACAAUCAGGCUGUGGGACGCAGAGUCAAUGUUCUUUCCCGAAGUCGAGGCUGCAGAAAAUUACCAGCCAGUCAAAGUCAAUCGAGAGCUGUCACCACUGGGUGUUCUCAAGGAUCUUUCUGCUAAGCCUGACACAGUUGCAACAUCGGAUGCCCUGCCGCAUAUUUUCACAGACGAGCGCGGUGACAUUGUGGCGUAUGCUUUCGAAUGAGCAAAUAUAAAGAAAACAUAAAUAAAAUGAGAGAUUGAGAGUUGAAGAGAACUGUGAUACAAGACAAAAAAAUGGGUAAAGAGAAGUGG